CGUAUCCUUGAUUUAUAUUUAAGUUUUAAAAGUAAAAUAAAUUUAAAACUAAUAGCGCGUUAGUUUUGAGAAUAAAGUCAGAGGUGGAGAGACUGGAACACCUGUCAGUUGGUCCUCAUCCAACAGCCAACUGAAACGGAGUCGGCGUUCCGAACAACGUCCCAAUAUAUGGGAUUCCGGUCAUGUUAGUCUACCCUUCAUCCUAACGAAGGAACACACUUUGUAAUUUCAUUCCAAAAUUGUCAGGAACAACGUGGAAAUAAAUUUGGUUUAUUUGUCUUCUUCAAUAAACUCGACUGAAUAGUUGGUCGAGAAGGCGUAACCCGUAACCAGAGAGCGUGUAAUCCCAAAUGGCAUCCACUCGCAUGAUGAACGCCUUCCAUCGAAACGUUAAUCUGUAUCGUAGGGUGCAGGGCACCAGGCCGGGUCCCCCAUUGCCCGGCGGUGGACCAUUAUUGACCCAGGGUCUUCGCCCAUAUGACUAUCACAUCCUGAGCAGGGGACUGGCGGACAAGUGCGAGGGCAAGUCAGUGAUCAAGGGCGUUGUGGUGGGUGUGUAUGCCAAAGAGGGUGACAAGGACCCAAAGAUGACGUCCAGCGGCGAAAAGUUCGAUGACCGGGCAUCGGGCAAGAUCUCGGAGCUGAUACGCGAAACUGGACUCAAGGGCGAACUGGCCCAGGGCAGGGUCUUCAUGAACGUUGAUGCCGAGUACCGGGCAGUGGCAGUGGUUGGUCUGGGCCAGGAGGGAGCCGGCUUCAAUGACCUAGAGAUGAUUGACGAGGGAAUGGAGAACGCCCGCGUUGCCGCUGGCGUUGGAGCUCGGUCACUGCAGCUCCAGGGCUGCACGGAGGUGCAUGUGGACUCCAUGGAGUACCCGGAGCAGGCGGCCGAGGGCAGUGCCCUGGCCAUUUGGCGCUACAACACCAACAAGCGCAAACAGAAUCGCACCCACAUCCCCAAGCUGGAUCUCUAUGACUCGCCCGAUGUGGAUGCCUGGACGAGGGGUUUGUUUAAGGCUGAGUCCCAGAACUUGGCUCGGCGGCUGAGCGACUCCCCCGCCAACCAGAUGACCCCCACCAUCUUUGCCCAGUCGACGGUGGACGCUCUCUGCCCGUGCGGCGUCUCUGUGGAGGUGCGCUCCAUGGACUGGAUCGAGCAGCAGAGCCUGAACUCCUUUCUGAUGGUGGCCAAGGGCAGCUGCGAGCCGCCCGUGGUCCUGGAGGUCAGCUACUGUGGCACCUCGCCGGAGGACAAGCCCAUCCUCCUCCUGGGCAAGGGCCUGACCUACAACAGUGGUGGCCUGUGCCUGCGUCCCAAGAACUGCCUGCACAUGUACCGCGGCUGUAUGGCCGGGGCGGCGGUGUGCGUGGCUGCCAUCCGGGCAGCGGCCGCCCUGUCGCUUCCGAUCAACAUCUCCGCCGUGCUGCCGCUGUGCGAGAACAUGCCCUCCGGUAUGGCCGUAAAGCCGGGCGACGUGGUCACUCUGCUGAAUGGCAAGACCAUGGGCAUCGUGGACGUUAGCAAGGCCGGUGUGGUGGUGAUGGCCGAUCCGCUCCUCUUCGCCCAGACGACAUUCAAGCCCCGGCUGGUGGUGGAUCUGGCCACCGUGGGCUAUGGCGUUUGUGCCGGACUCGGGGGAGCAGCCGCCGGAAUGUUCAGCAACUCGAACUUCAUUGCCAAGCAGAUGGAGAAGGCCGGCGGACUGACUGGGGAUCGGGUGUGGCGCCUGCCCCUGUGGCGCUACUUCAAGCAGCUGGUGACCCCGAAUCUAACCUACGACAUCAGCAAUCGGGGUCGCGGUCCGGCCUCCAGCUGCAUAGCCGCUGCCAUUCUGCACGAGCUGGUGCCGUGCGUGGAUUGGGCCCACAUCGAUAUCCGGAAUGUGGGCAUGCUGACGCGACACAAUCCGCUGCCGUACCUGCUGAAGGAUCGCAUGACCGGUAGGCCGACGCGUACGAUCAUCCAGUUUCUGUACCAGAUGGCCUGUCCGGAGAGCAAGUGAUCUCCCGGCCGGACGGGAUCGCUGGGAUGGGACAUCUGGCUUCUGGCUUCUGGUCCGUAGCUUCAGUAACGCUAGUUUCCACGUCCUCAAUGUUCUUUGUUCCGUUGUUCUCGUUACGUUUUUCGUAUGACAUUACGUUUUUUUGUAUCUCUGUCCCCCAUGUCCGUGUCCCGCGCGUUUUUUGUCCAAAAUUUGUUGUUUAGUGUUCCCCUGUGCGGCCGGAGCUGCCUCACAGAAUGGCACCUGGAUCCGAUGAAUGGGGCUGGAACCGAUGGAAAGGAUGAAGGACAAAGGAGUAGGUUUUUACAGGCGACUACCUAAAUUUUAUUGUUCCAAUGGAAUCGACUUGAAGGCCUGUGAGUCGGCUCCCAGUUGCACAGAAUAAAAGGCUUUAAAAAAAAUUAA